CCCCAGUUUUUUUUUUUUUUUACGAGCCUUGUUUGCUGCACUGUCAUAGGGAAGCGCGUGCCAGGGUUUCCAGGGUUUCGAGGCCACAGGGGGCUUGGCUUGGGGCUGCUCUGAUCUAAAAACGUGGCAGCAGGAGCAUGGAGGGUCCCUCCGAGGGGAAGGCGCCGGCGGCGGCCCUGGCCGCUGUGCUAAAGCACAGCUCGGCGCUGCCGUCGGAAAGCGCUCAGGUUCGGGGCUACGACUUCAACCGUGGCGUGGACUACCACGCGCUGCUGGGAGCCUUCGGCACCACUGGUUUCCAGGCAACCAACUUCGGGCGCGCGGUCCAGCAAGUUAACGCCAUGAUAGAGAAGAAGCUGGAGCCUCUGCCAGAGGAUGAAGACCAACACACAGAUCUGACUCAGAGCCAUCGCCCACUCACUGGCUGCACCAUUUUUCUGGGCUACACGUCCAACCUCAUCAGUUCAGGCAUCCGUGAAACCAUCCGUUAUCUCGUGCAGCACAACAUGGUGGAUGUCUUGGUGACUACGGCAGGGGGCGUGGAGGAGGAUCUCAUCAAGUGCCUGGCGCCCACAUACCUGGGCGAGUUCAGCCUCAGGGGGAAGGAGCUACGUGAGAACGGGAUUAACAGGAUUGGGAACCUGCUGGUGCCCAAUGACAAUUACUGCAAGUUUGAAGACUGGCUGAUGCCCAUUCUGGACCAGAUGGUGCUGGAGCAGAACACAGAGGGUGUGAAGUGGACACCUUCCAAAAUGAUCGCCCGGCUUGGCAAGGAGAUCAACAACCCAGAGUCAGUGUAUUACUGGGCCCAGAAGAACCACAUCCCUGUAUUGAGCCCAGCGCUCACAGAUGGUUCGCUGGGCGACAUGAUCUUUUUCCAUUCCUACAAGAACCCAGGUCUGGUCCUGGACAUCGUGGAGGACCUGAGACUCAUCAACACCCAGGCCAUCUUUGCCAAGCGCUCUGGCAUGAUCAUCCUAGGUGGGGGUGUGAUCAAGCACCACAUUGCAAAUGCCAACCUCAUGCGGAAUGGGGCUGACUAUGCUGUCUACAUCAACACGGCCCAGGAAUUUGAUGGCUCCGACUCUGGUGCCCAGCCAGAUGAAGCUGUCUCUUGGGGCAAGAUCCGGGUGGAUGCACAGCCUGUCAAGGUCUGUGCUGAUGCCUCCCUGGUCUUCCCCCUGCUUGUGGCUGAGACCUUUGCUCAGAAGGCAGAUGCCUUCAUGCAUGAGAAGAACAAGGACUGAGCUGUGACCCCAGGGAGGGCCCCCUGCCAUUUAUUAGUUAGUAGACCCAGCCUCUUCUCCAUUCCUUGGUUCAUGGCACAUCCAUAAUAAAUGGUCCCAGUGGUCCAGA